AUGGCGUGGGAUCAUUUAGAUAUCGAUAAGCCCCAUCUGGCGUACAUGAUCCUGGGUGGGUUUACCAGUCUGUUUAUGUUAUGUUCGCUCUUCGUCAAGGAGAAGCUGUACAUCGGCGAAGCCACCGUUGCCACUCUAUGUGGUAUCAUCUUCGGGCCUCAUGCGGCCAACCUCUUCAACCCCAUGUCCUGGGGCAAUGUCGACAAGAUCACGCUGGAAUGCUCGCGCAUCGUCCUGGUUGUCCAGUGCUUUGCCGUCGGAGUCGAAUUGCCCAAGGCCUACAUGGAACGCCACUGGAAAUCGGUGUUUUUGCUGCUGGUACCCGUCAUGACCUGGGGCUGGCUAAUCACGAGCCUGUUCAUCUGGUGGAUGGUGCCGCCUCUCUCGUGGCUCGAGAGUCUGAUCUGCGCCUCCUGUGUCACCGCCACCGACCCCGUUCUCGCCUCUUCGGUCGUCGGUAAAGGUAAAUUCGCUCGCCGAGUGCCCAAGCACUUGCGAGACCUCUUGUCCGCCGAGUCCGGCUGCAACGACGGCAUGGCCUUCCCGUUCAUUUAUCUGGGGUACUACAUCUGGCGCUACCGCCCCCAUGCGGGCGAGGUGUCGCUGCAUUGGUUCUGUGUAACCAUCCUGUACGAGUGUAUUUUUGGUGCGGUCUACGGGUUUAUCAUUGGGUAUCUGGCCCGGCACGCGAUCAAACUCGCCGAAAGGAAGGGGCUCAUCGAUCGUGAAAGUUUCCUGGUCUUCUACUUUGUGCUCGCCGUCUUCUGCGCCGGCUCGGGCAGUCUACUGGGCAUGGACGACCUCCUGAUCGGCUUUGCCGCCGGUGUGGGCUUUAGUAAUGACGGAUGGUUUACGGAGAAGACAGAGGAGUCCCACGUGUCCAACGUCAUCGAUUUGCUACUCAACUUGGCUUACUUUGUGUAUUUUGGAUCGAUCAUUCCCUGGGAGGACUACAACAACCCAUCGAUUGGUCUGCAGCCCUGGCGACUGGUUGUGAUAGCGAUCUUGGUCAUCUUCUUCCGUCGCAUUCCGAUCAUGCUGAUAUUGAAACCGAUUAUACCCGAUGUGAAAACAUGGCGCGAGGCAUUGUUCGCUGGCCAUUUCGGGCCGAUUGGCGUCGGCGCGAUCUUUGCGUCGAUCUUAGCACGGGCCGAACUGGAGGGACAUGGCACCAGUCCAUUAGGGGAAUCAGAGCUUCCGGCGGCUGGUUCUUCGAAUUACUAUAUCGUUCAGCUCAUUUGGCCAAUUACGACCUUCAUGGUCAUUUCCUCGAUUUUGGUUCACGGCUCCUCUAUCGCCGUCUUUACUCUCGGCAAGCGGAUCAACACCCUGACCAUCACGUUGUCCUACACCACCGCCAACGAAGAGGGUCCCUCCUGGAUGAAUCGUCUGCCGCGGGUGCAAUCCCUCGCCAAGGGUUCUAUGUCCUUCCGCAAACCGGAUGAGGAUGAAUCCUCCAACGAACCCGAUUAUCCUCCGGGUACACUGCCUCCGAUUGGAGUUCCGGGUAACUUCUUGCGUCGUCAGAAGGAAGACGAAACGGACCCGGCACGUGCCCGAUCGACGAGUAGGACCCGCAGAAGACGCCGCAGACGCAACGAUGGAGCGGGUGGUCCCAUCAGCCAGUCGGCCAUCGCGCCUCAGCGAACCGCAGAUAUUGAGAAAUCCGAGAAGCAGGAAGAGGAACGCGAAGAGGAGGAAGAACGCGAUAGAAUCGAACGGGAAUCCUCUCCUCCUAACCGGGAGCGCGAUCGCUUCGGCCAAGAGCCCGUCAUGGAAGUAUACCUGGAGGGUCAUAACAUGAUCAUGGAGGAUGAAGAGGGUAACGUUCUGAAGGUCCAAGACGUCAGUCACAUGUCCGCAGAAGAGCAGAAACAACACAUCGAGGAACAGCGGCAGAAGUUACAACAGAAUUCAGCCGAGUUUGCUCCCUCUCGCUCACAUCCCCACGAGAAGGACGAAGGCGAGGAAAUCGAGAAGACCUUGGAAGAAAAGGCCGAACGUUCUGUCGAAAAGACUCGGAAGAUGAUUGGUAACUGGAUGAAAUUCGGCAAGGGCGGCGAUCGUGUCCAGGUGCCCGUUCACACCGAGGAGGAAAAGGCUGCAGCCAAGCGCAAGGCCGAGAAAGAAGUUCACAAGCGCAAGGGCAAAGGCCGCUCCGCUCAUGCGUACCAGUUUGGCAACACGAUUAUCGUUGAGGACGAAGAUGGCGAGGUCAUCAAGAAGUACUCGAUCCCCGCGAAAGAAAAGCCCAAGCCUGAGGGUAACGCUCCGGUUCGACGAGGACUGACCCGGAUGGGUACCUGGUUCGGCAUGGAGGAAGAGGGUGAAAGCUCGCAAGCGGCCCGCAAGGCGGCGCAGGACGAAUGGCUGGCAGAUGACGGUCUGCGUUUCACCUUGGCUGACGAUGGCGACGUCGGAAAGCGCGGCAUCGAACACAAGGGUCGUCGCAUGACCAAGCAUGAAUUCGCUCAACAGAUCCGCAACCUGGGCCCCAAGGCUCGUCGCGAUGUGGUGGAGGAAACCGAUGCCCCGGAGCGGGUGAAGGACACUGACCUCAGCGACGAUGAAUCGGGCCAUGGGGUUCCCGGCGACAACGUCGCCGCCUCUCUGGCCCGGUUCAGUCGUGGUACCGCCGCCGAUGAGCGGCGCUCCCGCCACCUGAGUCCGAAAUCAUCGUCUCCGAAGACGCAAGCUCGAUCGCGCAGAGAUUCCGAGGAUGACGGCACCGAGCGUGUGCCGCCCGCUCAAUUGCGCGAAGCGGCUGGCCUCGCCCGUCCGCCUCAGCAGGCCGAUGACGAUACGGGCGAAACGCCCGCCGAGCGACGGCGUCGUUUGGCUGCACUGGGUGAAAUCAACAACUCGGACGAUUCGGAUGACUCCGAUACUCCGGUGGAUGAUGCGGAUGAAUCCGACAGCGAGAACAACGGCCCAAACCAUAGCAGGGUGCAGUUCGCCGAUGGCACCAAGGACAGUCGCCAGCAGUCAUUCAACGGUGGUAGCUCGGGUGAAGCCCAGGAUACGGGUUCGACCUACUCGCGCCACAGCCGCAGUGCCAGCCGUCGCAGCAUUUCCUGGGGAGGUGAGAAAGGACGAGAGACAUGA